AAUUAGUAUUUUUCUGUUGUCGCAUGACGGUCACACCGAUCGGGGCAUUAAAUUUCAUUUAAAACAGAAAUUACUUGAGUUCAAAUAAACAUGGCUAUGGAGGAUCUGAUGAAGAUGUGCCGCGUGUGCAUGGGCGAGGCGGAGGAUCUGGUGGACAUCAACGACAACAAGAGUAUGGGGGACGGCUUGUCCGCCGAUCUAAAGCUGGCCAAGGAGCCAGAACCCACGCCUGCAGAUCUGCUGAAGAAGUGCUGCCCGUUUCCGAUUUCCUCGGACGACGGCUUCCCCAUGAAGGUCUGCGAACCGUGCCUAAAGAAAAUGCGGGUGGCUCAUCAAUUUAGGAGGCGCUACGCGAAGAACAUCGCCUACCUGGAACGCGUAAAGGAGGAGCAAAAGGACCAGGAGACAUUGGAUAUGCUGGAGACCGAGGACUGGGGUCUGGUGGAUCGCAUCAAGAGCGAAGCCGAGGAGGAGGAGGACGAGUACGAGAACCUGGAGCCAAAGAAGAAGAAGCCCAAGCUGCAGGCCGAGAAACCACGACCCUUCAAGUGCCCCGACUGCCCCAAAAGUUUCACCGGCAAGGCCCAGUUGACCAUGCACAGUCGCACCCACACCAAAGGAUCCCGGAAGACGUCCACUCGCCCCAAACGACGGUCCAUCAAAUAGGAUCCCCCGCCUGCGAAUCGCGAGGCUUUAGGCUAGAAGCUUGGCAAGCCAAAAAUGUAUAAUUUACAGACAAAUAGUUGCUAUACGCUCAACUGCAUUUUUCGCCCAGUUAGGUUCAAUCAUCUUGUUAAUAAUACUUUUAUGGAACAAAAUCAGUUUUCCUUUAAACUAUACUUAAAGUAGAUAAAGAAGAACUUGUUUUAAAAAGAACUUCAAAUAUAGUUGCUACUGGUUUUUGUAUCCCUUUUAUAAAGAAUUUACAUCUCAUGACAUGCUUUUUAAAUAAAUAAGUUUCAUUAAACCAACUCAUUUUGUAUCACUGAAGCUCAUUAAUUGAAAGUGAGUUAAGCUUUUUUAAUACAGAAAUUUAAUGGUUUUUUAAGCCUUGCAGAGCAUAUUAUUAUUUCAUUCAAAAGUUUAUAUUUUUGAUCAGCAUCACUAGAACCGUAUCUAGGCAAACUAGUCUCUCAGUUUUAAAGCUAUAUGCAUGAAACUUUCCAAAAGUUGUUAUUAGUCGGAAAGAGCCUGAUCGGAAGACUAUAUCAUAUAGCUCCUAUAGGAACAAUCAGUAAAGAAAAAA